AAAGAGAGAGGGGGGAGAGAGAGCGAGAGAGAGACGGGGGCAGGGCUGGAGGUUCUCCUCAUCGUAUGUGAGCUCAUGGCAGUGUGUGGAUCAAAAUGGCGACGUGGACCCGCUUCCUUCAGUUCAGUGUGCUCUGCACGGUCCUUCUCACCAGCGCUGAUAAGAGGGUGUUUCGGUCUCAGUUGGAGGCCAACACCGUCCUCCAGAGGCCCCGGAGGUCCAACACUUUCCUCCUGGAGGAGAUACUGCAGGGGAACCUGGAGAGGGAGUGUUAUGAGGAGAGCUGCAAUUUCGAGGAGGCCAGAGAGUACUUUGAAGACAUCCCCAAAACAGAAGCCUUUUGGGCAGUAUAUCGAGAUGGGGACCAGUGUAACCCCAACCCAUGUCUCAACGGUGCUAACUGCACUGAUAAAAUCGGGGGAUACAGCUGCGAAUGCAAAGAGUUCUAUGACGGAGUGAACUGCGAGAGGGAUGUGUCCCAGUGCCACUCAGAGGGACCUUGGUCAUGUGACCACUUCUGCAGGCCCACCUUCAACUCAUACCACUGCACCUGUGCAGGCGGGUACAAACUGCACUCUGACAGAAGGACCUGUCUGCCUGAGGCUCAGAAUCCCUGUGGCAGGGCACCUGUGCCCGAGCUCAGGGAGCCGAAGUGGACUGAUCUGAGGUCCAGCCCAGCCAGCCAGCCGUGUCCGCACGGGCGCUGCCCAUGGCAGGUCAGCUUGCUGGACGCCGCGGGGAGACGGGAGAUCUGCAGCGGUGUGGUCCUGGGGCAGCGGUCCAUCCUGACCGCCGCGGUCUGCGCCUCCAUGUCCGACAGAAUCCUGGUAGCGCUCGGAGAGCAGCCCGCGGGCCAGCAGGAGCUGGCGUGGCCCGACGAGCAGCCCCGACCCCCAAGGGGCCCGGGGCAGGUGUCCCCGGUGUCCCAGGUCUUCGUUCACAAGCGGUACCGGCAGGGCGAGCCAGGGGACGACCUGGCCUUCCUGCAGGUGCACCGGCCCAUCAGGCUGGGCGCGGGAGUCUUCCAGGCCUGCGUCCCGGAGAAGGACUUCAGCGAGAACGUGCUGAUGGAGUCGGGCCAGGGCGGCUGGGUGGCAGACAGGGAGGCGGGGGGCAGGCGGGGCAGCCCAAACCACCUGUCCUACCUGCCCCUGGAGGACUGCCGGACCAGCCUCAACCUCAGCUUCCCGCUCACCAACAAGAUGUUCUGCAUGGCGGGGUGGGGGGGCGGGGGCUGCGGCCUCCUGCCCGGGACCCCCGUGGUGAGCGUGAGGAAGAACACGGUCUUCCUCACGGGACUGAUCACCUCACCCCAAACGCACAACUGCAGCCAGGGGCACGUCUUCACCAAGCUCUCCCGCUACCUGCCCUGGAUCCACCAGCAGCUGGAACUCUCAGAGAAGUGAAGGUGUCCAGGGGUCAUGUGACCGACACCUUCAGUGAUCAUGUGACAGAUACCUCCAGGGCUCCACAGCUCCGCCUGUAUCAGCUCUUCCGCCAUAAUGCCCCCAUAACAGCAGGAGUGCCCCAGUGACUGCUGGGAACUUUAACAGGACUGCAACUAUUUGUACACGCCCACUGGAAUCCCUGACCCCCACAGUCUUUUCACACGGAGGUGUCAAAUAAAUGCUCAUGUUCCAAAAUUACAAA